AUGAUGCAAGUUCCAAGUGUCACCUUGGAAGACCUGCAAGCCUUCCAAGCGGCCCACUUCCCAGGCUGCCACAAACCACUGAUCCCGCCGGCAGCAGAGACUGCACAUGAAGACAACUACAACUACGAUGCAGAGGAGGACCUGGGGUACUAUCCUGAUGGAGUAAAGCGCACGCUCACAGAUGAACAAAUCCGGAUAUUUCGACACAGCGAGAUCCACGCGCUGCUACGCGCGAGACAGCUCGAGGAAGACGAUGCGGAGUACGAGGCGCGUCGGCAGGUCGCCGAGAAGGAUGAGUCGGAGGCUGAAAAUGGCCCUGAGGACGAUGCACCCGGCACUGCAAACUUGAAGACCGCUGGUUCCAAGAGGCGGCGAUCCACUGGGCGAAAGCCCAACCCCCAACAGUGUUCGCACGAUACUCCAUCCGAGCCCCUCGACUAUGAAGAAUCAGCCCAGGAUUCUCACAAGCCCCAUGUGAAGAAACCUAUGGCUUACCCCGGUCGGAAGAUCGUCUCUUACGCCGACUGA